ACACUUUCUAGCGUAUGCCGUCCUUUCAAAUAGGGGGGUCCCAGACAGCAUCAGCAGGCACAGCACCUCAUGGGAGACGAAGGAGAAUAUGAAAGAAAAUCCAAAAACCAAAAAAGCAAAAACGCUUUGUGAUUGCGUUGCUUCACUAUUUGCUUUUGAUCAAUAAUCUGUAUACCUAGGGCUUUUCUACUUUUUCACUUCGUCUUUCUAAAAUUCCAAAGCUAAUAUUUUACCAUGGAUGCCAUCCGGAAGCAAGCCAGCAAGCUCAGGGACCAAGUAGCAAAGCAACAACAAGCAGUAUUGAGACGAUUGGGAAGUUUAGAUAAUGAUGCUGUUAUGGUUGAUGAAGCUGAAAUUUUGUGCCACCAACAACUUCAAAAUUUGUACAAAUCUACAAGGGAAGCUAAGCACUUUCAGCGGAAUGUUGUACGCGGAGUUGAAAGAUUUAUUUCUACAAGCUGCAAGCAAAUGGAGAUAGUGAGGAAGCUAGCUGAAGAUUGCUGUAAAUAUGGAUCUGAGAAUCAGAGCACUCACGCUCCUCUUGCAAGAGCUUCUAUUAACUUUGGUACCUCAUAUAAUGCAAUUGAAAAGGAGAGGGAAGAUUUUCUUAAGAUCCUCAGUGAUCAGGUUUGUGAGCCAUUACGGACACAAAUAAAUGGAGCUCCUUUGGAAGAUGCUCGUCACUUGGCUUACCGUUAUGAUAAACUUCGUCAGGAUGUGGAGGCCCAGGUUACUGAAGUUUUGAGGCGUAGAUCAAAAUCUAGGGAUCUUUCUAUGUCUGGAGAGAGUUCUGUGAAGCUUCAAAGUGCAGAAGCAAGACUUGCUGACCUUAAAUCUUCUACUGUGGCACUUGGCAGAGAAGCGACUGCUGCUAUGUUGUCAGUUGAGGAUCAGCAGCAGCAGAUGACUUUUCAUAGGCUUCUCACCAUGGUCAAUGCUGAGAGAUCUUAUCAUCAACAUGCUCUUGCUAUUUUGGAGAAUCUACAUGCUGAGAUGACUCUGGAGAGGCAAUCAAAAGAAUUUUCAUCUCUACCGACGAAGAUUCACAGAAAUGUGUAUGAAAGGCUUGGAAAUCAGGAUAACAACUCACAGGAAUCUGAUGAUCAUCAAGACAACAUGUUCUUUAUUGCUAAAGUUAUUCACCAAUUUGAUGCUGAAGCAGAAGGAGAGCUGAGUCUGUCAGUUGAUGAUUAUGUUGUGGUUCGCCAGGUGGCUCCUCAUGGAUGGUCAGAAGGCGAGUGCAAUGGCAAGGCUGGAUGGUUCCCCUCUGCUUACAUAGAAAGGGAAGAGAAAGCCCCAACAAGCAAAAUAGCACAUUCAAGCUUGAAGAUCCAUUUUUGCCAAUGCUAUCCCUAGCCCAUUUGGCAAUUUUAUCCACUGACCUUUGAAACUCCUCCCUUCCCUCCAUCAAUGUCUUGAUUGUUCUCUGUAUGGUCCACCUGUCACAUGCCUCCAAUUCAACCCCAAUUCUCCACACGUUCCUAAUACAUUCAACAUUAACCCUCUGAUCGCCUAAGUUGGGCCAGCCAAUCAUAGGAACUCCCGCCAAAAUACUCUCCAAGAUCGAGUUCCAACCACCAUGGGUUAGAAACCCACCCACAGCAUCGUGGGCUAGGACCCGUUCUUGUGGGGCCCAAUCCACUAUAUACCCCCUUUCUUUUGGUCCGAUUUCAAGCACCUUAGGGAAUGAAACGAUGCCGUUGUCAUUUUCUUCAUCCACCAUAUCCGGCCGUACAGCCCACAGGAAAGAGUAGCCACUGUCAACCAAGCCAUUCCAAAUCUCUAAAAGCUGGGCCGACGACGUUUUGACAAGACUUCCAAAGCUGACGUAGAGAACAGAUCUAGAUGGUUGAGAAUCAAGCCACGUCAUGCAAUCAUGUUUGGUUUUCCAAAGAGAGCCGUGCGAUGCCGUUAGCUGAGAGCGAUUAUGUCCGAUUUGGGAAUUUAGAAGUGCAUGGAGGGGUCCGAUUGUGUAAGCUCGACCACAGAUGUUUGCAAUGGUGGGGAGGCAUGGAGCUUCAAGAUCAUCAGCGGUGUUGAAUAUAACACCUGACGAUCGAGUCAUGGCCAGAGCCUCGUUGACAAAGAACUGAUAGGCAGGGUCAUUAACGUCUUUUAACACGCAAAAGUCUGGUAGAUCUUUGAGCCUCAAACGACCUUCUAGUUCUAGUCCAGCCACUUCAAUGUUGAUUCUAUGAUUUGUGUCUUUCUCUGAACCCAAAAAAAUAAAACAAAACAAAAUAAAAAUAAAAAUCUCAAACGGUUAUUUCGAGAACUAUAUUAUAUUAUAUAAAAUUUUAUCUCAUGUUCCAGAAUAUAU